AGGUAUGUAGCGGGUAACAGAACAAAAUCCUUCAUUGACGAUCUUGUUCCUGGAAACCGGACCAUUGAUCACCUGAACGACGAAUUCCGCCAUGUCUGCAACAGAAUACAAAUAUGGUCCUUCUUCGAAAGCGUUCCGAUGAGCUUUGGCCUUGUUGUGGAAAAAGAAUCUGCUGAUCUCGGGCUUCCUGGAGAGCAUGUUCGAUACAUGGAGGCUGAUCACCGCCAUCUCUGCAAAUUUGACAGCCCCACUAGUCCAAAUUACUUGGUCUUAUGUAAUUCUUUCCUUUCCACCAUCAAGCAACUGAAAUUAAAGACCUUGGACCAACCGACAAAUCUGCAUCGGUCACAGAUGAAACAGAUCUCCUCAUUUCUUCGGAUCGAGAAACGGCCAGAGUCAAUCUUCCUUGCCCUCAACGAGAAGCAGCACCGUGGUUCCUGCCAGUGGUUGACCAGCAACGAUGUUUUCCAAGCAUGGGUGAAUGGGUACACCGAUAUGGCUGGGUUACCCGGAAGUUCAAGCGGUCAUUGCCCCAGAAUCCUGUGGCUGUCUGGGCGACCAGGAACGGGCAAAUCGAUCGCUUCCACUCAUGUCAUCAAAUAUCUGGAGUCGCACAAACUGGACUGCAGCUUCUACUUCUUUCGACACAACGACCGGUCCGGAGCGAAUGUGGCAUCACUAUUGCGAUCACUGGCGUUUCAAAUGGCUGAGGCUAACUACCAGGCUAGGCAGGCCAUCAUGAGGAUGGUAGAAGACGAAGUUGUGAUUGACGAGGAUGACCAUUACACGCUGACGAGCAAGGUGUUCACCAACGGUAUUCUAGGGAUCGACCUUCAGAGCCCUCAAUUCUGGGUCAUCGAUGCUGUGGACGAGUGCGCACAAGAAUCCCUCUCACUAGUUGUCUCGAUGAUCUCCAAACUGGAAAAGACUGUGCCACUGCAUAUCUUCCUCACCAGUCGUCCCGGCGGGGAAUUACAAAGGCUGUUUAACCACGAAGGGACUCGAUUCUUCGAUCUUUCAACGGGCCUGUCCGGCUCCUUCAAGGACAUCGAAACAUUUAUUCUUGCCAGAUGCCCCCAACUGGAGGACGAUCAGACCCGCGAAUUAUUCGUCUCGGAUAUCCUGUCAAAGGCUAAAGGAAGCUUUCUCUGGGCGUCGUUGACGGUGGCGCGGCUGGAAAGCUCCUACACCUUCGAAGACAUGAAGGAGGCUCUGAAGGGAAUCCCAUCCAAGAUGAGCGCGCUUUAUUCACGCAUCACGAAAUCCAUCGAGGAUUCUUCCACUUACGAGCUGGUUAAAUGCAUAUUGGACUGGGUUAUUUGCGCGCAACGACCACUGCUUGUUUCGGAGCUCUAUGAGGCUAUUAAACUCGAUAUUGGCCGUACAGUCAUAGCAUCUCCGACCCAGCUCAAGUCUAUUACUGGACAUCUAAUAUUUGUGGACAGAGAAUCAAGGCGCGAAGGCCUUUGGAUAGACCGACAAGCAGCCCAUGAAAGGCUGUCAAAAGAUCUGUCUGGCCACUCUCUGCACUUUUCAUUUCAUCUUACCCAUGACACGCACUCACUCGCACUACUGAACAAGUUUCUUCACUCAACAAAUAUCUUGGCAUGGAUCGAACAUAUCACUAAGAUGGGGGAUUUAUCGAUACUCCAGGAGGCCAAUCACCGAUUAAAGGGUUGUCUAUCACGGCGAAACAAUGACAUGCGAGACGACAACAUGGAUUUGAGCAGCCUGGAAGCAUGGGUGACAGACAUCGAUCGGAUAAUUGCCACAUUUCAAUCUUGUCUUCUCGACUCGCCUGCGUCGAUCUACUUUCUGGUCCCUUACCUUUGCCCGCAUUCAUCGAUCAUCAACCGGCUGUUUUCAAAAUUCAGCACACUGUUCAGGGUAGCAGGACUUGCCGAAAAGAGCUGGGGAGAUUGGUUGACAUGCUACCUGUUCUCCGACCUCCCUACUGCCGUUGCUUGCAACGAUCGCUUACUGGCCAUUGCGUUGUCUGACGGGAGCGUAUCGAUUUAUCGGAACACCGAGUUCAGUUCAUUCGAGCCUGUGGGGACAGUCUCACAUGGAGGAAGGGUACGACGGGUGGCUUUCGAUCCCAAAGUAUCGAUUCCAGCGACACAUGAUGGUUCAAGGGCAACAUGCUCACUUCGUCAUGAUCUAGAUUUCGACUCCUCGGACGGCGAGGCAGACAGCGCAAUAGGUAUUGAGCCUACAGCUUGGUUCAUGAAUCUCGCCCCUGCACAACAUAUUGCGGUACUGAUCUACGGAUCAUCAAAACUGGAGGUCUGGGACGUGGAAGAAAAUAAAAAACUGGGCCAUUUACAGCGGCGAGGAAAAAGAAACGUCGAAAUCGCCAUUCGUGGAGUCAUACUUAGGCGCGUGAACGGCACGGACCUGCUAGCCGUGUCAUACGACGACGGUGAUCUGGUCACAUAUAGCCCCUGGACUCUUGAGCCGAUUGAGGGGCGCCAUUUCAACACCGCGUUUGAUUACCUCAGCGCAACCUCUGAUGGCCACAUCUUGGUCGGCGAGGCGGAUGAUGGAUCGAUCCACUUGCUUUUGUUCGAAACCUUGCAACCGAUGUACCGGAUCCCGCCCUUUGAAGGGGAUGCCUUUGAGCCAAGUCGCGGCCUCACAUUCUCGACAGAUAACCUAAAGCUUUUCGAUCUUCGGGCCAAAUGUUGCAAUAUUUGGUCUCCUCCGGUGCUGGUUUCGGAGCGUUACCGCUAUGGCAAACACCUGGAUACGACUUGCAGGAGCAAGGCCCUUCCCCCUUCAGACAAUAUAAAUAGCACUGUGAUUCCCUCACAAACAUUGGGCUUGGCCUCCGCUGGCAGCAUCAAACAGAUUCUGACAAUCAAAGGAUCUCUUUUGUUUAUUGGAAGAGUGGACGGGUUCAUAGAGGCCUAUGAAGUUGACAUGGGCGGGAUUCUUGCCAACAGAUUCCAGCCUCUGUCCUGUUCAAGGUUCGAUAACCGCUGGACUAUGCCGUUGGAUUGGAAUAGCAGCAAGAAACUGCUCCUCAGCAGCACCGGGAGGGGCCAAUGCAUCGUAACCUACUUCGAUAACCAAUCACGACACUACACAUCGAAGCUCUCUUGUUGCCACCACUACGAGGACGGAGAGCUCUCCCCUCGUCAAGGAAUCCUCAACCCUGAUGGCACGCGGCUACUGAUUGCCUACGAGAAUAGAGCCAGGCUGAUUUCUGUCAACCUUCCUCAGGCUCGGUCGGAAGAUGAUGGGGCGACUGGUGACGAUGUGCGCACCGACGACCUCGAAAUCCCAGAAGCACUUUGCCCAUUUCUCGGUCUCUCGGACUCGUGGGUCUCACAUCCGAAAUCUCGAUACUAUGUUCUCAAAACAUGCGGGCAAAGACAAGGAGCAUCUAAUGUUUUUGCUGUGCUAGACACGGCAAAACUUGCAGGCGGUGUUCAGCAGGAGGUAACGGCGCUCCAACAUCGGGCAUUUGAGAAUGUCGAGGUACUGAGGUUUGUCGGGAUCCUUCGGUCGACUUUGUUUUUUCUUGACACGAAGCAAUGGGUGUGUUCGAUGAGUGUGAAGAAUCUGGGGGAAACGACACAUUAUUCGAGGCACUUUUUUAUUCCGCCGACGUGGCACACGGGGGAUAACAUACCUGUGAUUGGGAUUGUGUCGAAGGGUUUGAUGACUAUUGCGGUGGGGUCACAGUUGGUGUGGGUGAAUGGGUUUAUGGAGUUUGAUGAGAAGGUGCUGCUGGUUGCUGUGUGA